AUUUAGUUUUCCCGUUUAGCCCCUGGACUCUUCAUCAUCCACCUUCCCCUUCCCCUGCAAUCUAGGCUAGGGUUCCUUCGAAUAUACCUUCUUCUUCUUCAUCAUCAUCAUCAUCUUCUUCUUCUUCUUCUUCUUCUUCUCCCUCUUUCUUCCAUUUUCCCCCAUUUUUUCUCAUAUCCGGUUACCUUUGCGCUGAGAUCGGACCUUAUAGUCCUACCAUUCCGCUUCUUCCAUAACCCCCUUUUUCUUUUUACUCUCACAUCUCCAUCUUCUUUUUCUUCCCCUUUUCUUUUCCAUUUCCAUUUUUCACAAUUCACAUCACUUUGACCAUAUCUGGACUCACUCUCUUCCUCCGAUUCCUUCCUUUUCCUCAUCUUCCAUCGGGAUUUUGAUCAUGACCGUUCCUGCUUCCGGUUUUAUGAUGGAAAACGGCGGAUCAAGUUGCCUCCCACUCCCCCCAGAUGUCGAGAAUCGGAUCGUCUCCGAACUGGUGAAUGAAUCCGAGUCUAAUUUAAAAGAAGGCAAUCUCUACUAUGUUGUUUCUAAUCGGUGGUUUAGAAGAUGGCAAUUAUAUGUCGGACUGCCCACUGAAGAAUUUUCUAGCGAAGAUCAUUCCUCUGAUUCCCAACACUCCAAUGUGGUUCCUUCAAACGUGGUUGAAAGACCUGGUCCUAUUGAUAACUCAGAUAUAAUCAUUAAUGGAAGUGAUUCUUCUGAGAACGAUGAUUUAGAGCUAAAAAGUUUUUUGGAGGAACGGCGGGAUUAUGUUUUGGUUCCCGGUGAAGUGUGGGAAAAACUUUAUGAUUGGUACAAAGGGGGGCCACCAUUACCAAGAAAGAUGAUAUCUCAAGGUGUCAAUCAAAAGAAUUUUUCUGUGGAGGUUUACCUACUUUGUCUAAAAUUGAUCGAUGCCAGAGAUGGAAGUGAAUGUACCAUAAGAUUGAGCAAGAAGGCCACCAUAUCUGAUCUUCGUGAGAAGGUGUUUGCACUUGAAGGAAUAAAGCAAGAAAAGCAGGCGUGUAUAUGGGACUACUUCAACCAGCAAAAACAAUCAAUAUUGGAUGUGACAAGCCAAACUCUUGAAGAACUAAACUUGCAGAUGAAUCAACAUAUCCUCCUUGAAGUUGAUGGACCUACUCCUCAGACUGGCAUGGAUGCCACUCGAAAUGAGUUAGCUUUGGUAGCCCUUGAACCUUCAAGGUCACCUCUGUCAAUUGCAGGAGGGCCAGUGAUGUCAAAUGGGCAUUCAUCUGGUUAUGGUUAUCAGGGAAGUUCUUUAAGCACAUCAGUUUCUGACAUAGAUGAUAGAAAUGAUCUUAGUAAUACUGCUAAGAAAAGAGAGAAGGGUGGUUUGGCAGGGUUGCAGAAUUUAGGAAAUACAUGUUUCAUGAAUAGCGCCCUUCAAUGUUUAGUUCACACGCCACCCCUUGUAGAGUAUUUUUUACAAGAUUAUUCUGAUGAGAUCAACGCAGAGAAUCCUCUGGGAAUGCACGGAGAAUUAGCCCUUGCUUUUGGUGAAUUGUUGAGGAAAUUAUGGUCGGGACAAACCACAAUUGCACCACGUGUAUUCAAGGGAAAGUUAGCUCGGUUUGCUCCUCAGUUCAGUGGUUAUAACCAGCAUGAUUCCCAAGAACUUCUUGCCUUCUUACUGGAUGGACUGCAUGAAGAUUUGAAUCGUGUUAAACGGAAGCCUUAUUUUGAAGCAAAGGAUUCUGAUGGUCGUCCAGAUGCAGAAGUUGCAGAGGAGUGUUGGAGAUACCAUAAAGCAAGAAAUGAUUCUUUAAUUGUGGAUGUUUGUCAAGGUCAAUAUAAGUCAACAUUGGUUUGUCCAGUUUGUGGAAAAAUCUCAAUUACUUUUGAUCCAUUUAUGUAUUUAUCGUUGCCACUACCUUCAACUGUCACUCGCAGUGUGACAGUGACUGUGUUCUAUGGUGACGGUAGUGGUCUUCCAAUGCCAUACACUGUGUCAGUGCAAAGACAUGGUUGCACCAAAGAUCUCACCGUUGCAUUGGCUAUGGCAUGCUGCUUGAAGAGUGAUGAAAAUCUUCUGCUUGCAGAGGUUUAUGAUCACCGUAUUUACCGAUAUUUGGAUAGCCCUAAUGAAUCUUUAACUUCAAUUAAAGAUGAAGAGUAUCUAGUAGCCUAUCGCCUUCCGAAAAGGGAGUCUGGAAGACCAAAGCUAGAGAUCAUUCAUAGAUCACCGGAAAAAUGCUCCAUGGACCGUGUGAAAGUGACAGAGAGAAAGCUUUUUGGAACUCCUCUAGUCACAUAUUUGGGAGAAGAUUUUCAUAGUGGAGCCGACAUAAAUGCAGCUGUGUCAAAAAUCCUAUUGCCCUUGAGAAGAACAUACUCUUCAACUAAAGCUCAUGCUAGCAAAGAAAAUGGCGUUGUCUCUGAAAUGAAUGAUGAACCAGCCAACGGCAGUCCUCAGUCUGUUUCUAGGAGCCAGGCAAUCGACAUUGAAGUAGAGGAAGCAUCUGAGAACGAGCCAUCCUUUCAACUUCUUUUAACUGACGAUGGGGGCUUGAGCUGCAAGCCAAUUGACAAGGAUUCUGCUAUAAAAUAUGGUCCACUUAUAAAGGUUUUCUUAGAUUGGAACGGCAGAGAACAUGAAUUAUAUGAUGUGAGCUACAUCAAGGAUCUUCCUCCUGUUCACCAGACAAGGUUCAUGAAGAAAACACGGCAGGAAGCAAUCUCUUUAUUUUCUUGCUUGGAAGCAUUCCUGACCGAAGAACCUUUAGGUCCUGAUGAUAUGUGGUACUGCCCUGGGUGCAAAGAGCAUAGACAGGCUACAAAGAAGUUAGACUUGUGGAUGUUGCCAGAGAUUAUUGUUUUUCACCUGAAACGUUUUUCAUACAGCAGAUACCUUAAAAACAAACUUGAUACCUUUGUUGAUUUCCCCAUUCACAAUCUUGAUUUGAGCAAAUAUGUCAAAAGCAAUGAUGGAAAAUCUUACUUGUACAAUCUAUAUGCCAUCAGCAACCAUUAUGGUGGUCUUGGUGGUGGGCAUUACACUGCAUAUGCGAAGUUAAUCGACGAGAAGAGAUGGUACCACUUUGAUGACAGCCACGUUUCCCCGGUCGGCGAAGAAGAGAUCAAGACCUCAGCUGCUUAUUUGUUGUUCUAUCAAAGGGUGUAAAUUUGACUUGGAACGACAAAGCUCAACAAAUCCUUUACUAGAAGUGGCAACUCUGGAUUUUGCUGUUUCAGCUUCAUUCCGGCGGCUACAAGGAAGCUUAGUUUAUCAUGGUUUAAAGCAUUAAUCAAGGCCAAACAAAGGGGAAAGAAAGAAAUAGAAUAGAUCUGAUUUUGCCAGAAGUAAUGCGGAAUUCUACAGUUUGGAGGUACAUAAAAUAUUGAGUUCUGGUUUCAGCAACGUAUAUGAUUUGAUAAUCAAAACUGGAUUAGUUCUAUUGAAAUUACUUCACUUAUUCAUUAACUUUCUUGAGAGAAAUUUUGUUGUGUGAUUAGGUGGGUAGUGUAGAUUUGUAAGCAAAGCUGUGCCUCUAGAGGCAAAGUGGCGGUUGCCAUUCAUUUGUUAGCUCUUAUAUUUUCUACAUGCUACUAUUGUUACUCUGAUUAAAUCAUCAAUUUGGAAAGCCUGAAAUACUUCUCAUGUCA